GCAAUUUACAUUUUUAUGAAGUUGUCAGAGAUGAGAAAUCAUAGUGAGUACCAUGUUAGCAUGUUAUCAGAGCAAUUGAGAAAUAAAACAUUUGCACUGAUUGAACACACAGCCAAUAUGUUUCUUCCCCUAAAUUACUCAGCAUCAAGCUUGGCUAGAGGUCUAAGUUCAUCUAUCAAUGGAACACAGUUACCCUUCACCACAAUCCAAACUAAGGUAGCACCCCAUUUGUUUAUGGCACUUUCAACAAUCCCAUUUGUAUCACAAAUCUCAUAUGUGGGACAAGAUAGGCUGUUGUAUUCUUAUUACACUGAAGAUGGCCAUGAUGAUGCGCAAACUUUCGCAGUGUUUACAAACUCUUCAUCUGCAAUGUGUUAUAGUCAGCCAGUGAAUCGCGACACUGGGAUGCUUUAUGGACAACCAGUCGUUGUUGAUGCAAACAUGGUUGACCUCGAGUCUCUAGGCUGGUCUAAACAAUCCUCAAAACUAACAAUGGGUUAUGCAUCUCAGUCCUCUAUUGGUAUUGGGUUGAACAAGGCCAAGAGGGAAUUAUUUUUCAAUACGGCCACAAUGGAUGGAAGGGGCAAGGUGUCGGUGGGAUUUCCAGUACAAUAUGUGGAUGACCGAUUUUCCGCCUUAAAUCUCUAUGGCGCGGAUUUUUACCUGGCAAGUAGUAAUGGUCAAGUCAUAGUGGAUACAAAGAUUCCUCAUACCAGCAUAAAUGCCUAUAAUGGUACCAUUUCUGUUCAAUUCAAGAACUUGAAUGGUACUCGUCAAGAUUUGAGUGGCAACCAAUCUUGCAAGCUGGGAAAUGGUGAAAGGGGACAAUUUGAAGUGAAAAUCAAGGAGCAGACGCACAUGUUCUACUGCUCUAUCAUUGAAAUAGCUGGACUUGAAUCGGUAUGUCUUGACAAAUUCGCAGCUACUAUGUUGCAUCUUGUGUUUUGGUUGUUAAGUUGGAUAGUGUACACUGUGGCAUUCAAUGCUCAAGGAAUGGGAAGUAAUGUCCACAAACAUAACAAACAAGCAUAUUUUUGGCUUGUGCUCUUGUUUGUUAUACUAGUAGUCUCGCUAUGUGCUUUCAUUAUCAUAGUCUUUAAAGAUGCAAGGAGAAAGAUGUUUCUGUGUGCUGCUCUGAUCAAGCAGAUGGAAUUAACUAAUCAAGCAGAGAAGAAAAGUAUAACCAAGAGUCUAGCAUUUGCAGCUGCAAGUCAUGACAUUCGUAAUGGUUUUGGAAAUAUAACUUGUAGGAUAGACAAUUGUCUUGAGGAUGCCUCCCCAGAGCUUGCAACAAACCUGAAGCUCAUCAAUGAAGAAAUCAACGGCCUUUCAGGUAUGUCUUAUAAUGCGGUUGAGCCUGUUUAUAUCAAUGAAGACUUGUACUACCAACCCGACGCAAUUGGUUUGGUUUGGUGUUUAAAAAAUCCGAACCAACCCGGUCCAUGUACACCCCUAGUCACAACUAGUAUAUUUAUAGAAUUCUGUUUUGCUGAAAAUGUUGCAGACAUAUUACAUUCUGUUCUAGACGCGAGCAAGAUUGAAGCUGGUAAAAUGCCACUCAAGAUGGAAGAGUUUGAUCUAGCAGAACUCGUAGAGAAUACAAUUGAUUUGCAUUAUCAUAGAGCCAUAGAGAAGGGAGUGGAUUUGAUACUAGACCCUGGUGAUGACUCUCUUGCAAAGUUUCGGUUGGUGAAGGGUGACAAAGUGAAAAUUAUGCAGAUACUAAAUAAUUUGAUUACAAAUGCUAUCAAGUUUACCCCAGAAGGCCACAUCUCUGUCAAAGCUUCUGUAAACAAACCAAGCAAAGACAAUGCCCUUAUUGUUUGCAAUCGGCAUAGUCCAUUUAACUGCUGGACAUGGUUGUGCACCAAGCAAAAUUGUUGCUGCAAUACUUCAAAUGAAUUUCCAGCCAUUCAACAGAAUCCCAAUUGCAUGCAAUUCACAUUUGAGGUGGAUGACACGGGCGUGGGGAUUCCUAAAGAUAAACAAAAGUAUGUCUUUGAGAACUUUGUUCAGGUGAAAGAAGAAACAACUUCUGGAGUAGAAGGUUAUGGCUUGGGACUAGGCAUUGUUCAAUCUAUGGUGCAUCUGAUGGGGGGAGAGAUCAAGAUUGUUGACAAAGACGAUGGAGAAAGAGGCACUCGCUUCCAAUUCAACAUAUUUCUGACUACCUGUGUUGAAGCUGAGGAACAAGAAAACAGUGCGCAAAAUCAUGGUCUUCGAAAUUAUCUUUCCCAUCACUUGGGAAUGCAAUUUCGGUCGUCUCCACCUAGAUCGGAGGGAUAUCAUGUUGUCCUAUUCCUAACUGGAGAAAAAAGGAGAAAAGUUUUAAGCAGGGUGAUUGGCAACAUGAACAUAAAAGUUUCAGAGGUGAGGAGAAUCAACGAACUUGCUCGGUUGCUUGAUAGAAUAAAGAGAAAUUUAGACCUUUCCUCCUGUUCCCUUGAGAAAUAUGCGUUAAAUCUGAACCUAACCACCGAUGAUACAAAUGCCGCGGCGUCAGACACCAAAGACACACAUGAUCAUGUCAUCCCUCAUUUUAAAAGGUCUAUAUCCUAUGGCUCAUCAAACGUCAUCCUUAUAAUCAUUGAUUCUCAGGCUGGACAUCUCUUAGAAUUGAGUUCAACCGUGGUGAACUUCAAGAAAGAUUUGCAGAAUGUUACUUGCAAGGUUGUGUUGUUGCAAGAUCAUGUUAGGCCACAAGAAAACAGGCAUCCUCCAUUUGAUUAUGCUUUCCCGAAACCAUUACAUGGCAAACGUUUACAUGAAGUGCUUAGACUUCUAUCUGAAAAUCCAAACAGUCCAAUCCAACAUGAUAGGAAUAAGACGAGUCAGGAAAUCGAAUGCCAAGAACUCAAGGAGAUUGUGAUACCUGAUGGUAACAAAAACAAUACUAGCAAGGACUUAAAAGGAAAGAAGGUUUUGGUCGUUGAUGAUCAGCCCAUUUUGCGCAGGUACGCCUCCAGGGUUCUUCAAAAAGAAGGAGCAGAUGUUGAUGUUUGCGAGAAUGGACAAGAGGCCUUUUAUAAAGUGUGCAGAUCUUUGAAUGACACGCUGAAAGGUGAAGUUGACAAAAGCUAUGAUUUUAUAAUGAUGGAUUGCGAGAUGCCAGUUAUGAAUGGGUAUGAAGCAACACGGCUAAUACGAAUGGAGGAGGAGAAAAGGCAUGGUAUUCCCAUUCCCAUAAUUGCACUGACUGCCCACACUCUGGAUGAUGAGAUGAGCUUGCAUAUUAAGGAAGCUGGAAUGGAUUUUCACUUGACUAAACCUCUAAACAAGGAUGUGUUGAUGAAUUUGUUAUCUGAUUUACUAUAGCCUUUAGUUCAGGAAAAAAAAAAAAGGAAACUUGGACAAUGGCGUCGCUCUUGCUUGGGUUAAUGAUAGAUGGUUGCUAAGUAUCAAAUUUUGAUUUUGAUGGUUGAGAUUUGUUUCAACUAUUAGAUAAUUUCAAUUGUAGUACAUAGAACAAGUUUGAUGAUUUUAAGCAAGUUUGCACACACAUUCUUGAAACUUUUACUCAUAGCCAUCCUCGGUCUAAUUUGUCAUCCAUUUGAACAGUUACAUGAAGUCUACCGAAAAAAUAUAAAUCUAGAUAAGUGAUAACAACAGGAUACGCAAAAGAAAUCCAAGAUUUGCAGUUUCCUCUUCUUGUGCUCGUUUUUCCUUUUGAUUUUCUUUUGUUAGUUUCAAGUAUUUAAUUGAGAUGAAUUUUGCACAUUGACUGAUUCCUAAUAUUAGAUUGUUUCUUAUUUUUUGUUCUUCCUUUAA